CCCCCACACACAGCACAAGACUCUCUCUCUUCCCUCUCUCCAUCUGUAACAGUCCAAGUCCAAAAGCCACCACCACCACAUUAGCUUUUCUUUUUCUUUUUCCCCUUUUGUUUUCUGUGCUUCUUAUGUCUGCUGCUUCUGCUCCCUCUCAUCAGUACCUGCAAAUGGGCGAGGAAUCAUACUUUGAAUUUCUUGUUAUUAUAUGAUACCCCCCCUCUCUAUCCUUCUUUUCUUCAUCAACUUUUGGCAUUCUGGCUCCAAACAUGCCCUUCUUGUUGUUUUCUCCUCUUCUAAUUGCGUUCUCCUCCUGUUUUUGCUUUGUGGGUUAGCCUUGAUUUGACCUCAUUUUCCAAUUAUGUAUAGAUUUUUAUUCUCUAGCUUUUGAAUGCCCUUGAAUACUCUCAUCCUCCCCUUCUGUUUUGUUUUCUUUAUUUACUACUUUGAGAAAAAGAGGGGAAAUUGACAUUUUUUGUCGCUGGGUUGGUUAUGGUUGAACUGGUAUUGAACCCAUACUGAUAACCUGACUGGGGUUUCAUGGAAAUUGAUCUGAAUCAUGCAGUGACUGAGGUGGAGAAGAAUGCACUCUGUAAUGGGGACUGUGAAAAAGGUAGCGGUAGUUGUGUCUGCUGCUGCUUGUCCUCUUCAUCCUCUUCAUGUUCCACCCAUUCAUCUCCGUCUUCUGUGUCUUCUUCACUUUAUUUGGAGCUUUGGCAUGCUUGCGCUGGCCCUCUUACUUCACUGCCAAAGAAAGGGAAUGUCGUUGUUUACUUCCCACAAGGGCACUUGGAACAGCUUGCCUCUUCCUCGCCCUUCUCUCGCGUGGAAUUGCCCACCUUUGACCUCCCACCGCAUAUCUUUUGCAGGGUUGUGAAUGUCCAUUUGCUUGCUAAUAAGGAGAACGAUGAGGUCUACACGGGACUUACCUUGCUUCCUCUCCCAGAGCUGAUAGGGCAGAAUUUAGAGGGUAAAGAGCUUAAAGAUUUUGGUCUGGAUGAGGAGGCAGGUGAAGAAUUGCCUAGUAAACAAACCUCUCACAUGUUCUGCAAGACACUAACGGCUUCUGAUACCAGCACCCAUGGAGGGUUCUCUGUUCCUCGUAGAGCUGCUGAAGACUGUUUCCCUCCUCUGGAUUAUAAGCAGCAGAGACCCUCUCAAGAGCUUGUUGCCAAGGACCUGCAUGGAGUAGCUUGGAAAUUUCGACAUAUUUAUCGAGGUCAACCAAGACGUCAUCUGCUUACUACAGGAUGGAGUAUUUUUGUCAAUCAAAAAAAUCUUUCGUCAGGGGAUGCAGUUCUCUUUCUGAGGGGUGAAGACGGAGAGCUGAGGUUGGGAAUAAGAAGAGCUGUUCGGCCUACGAAUGGUCUUCCUGAUUCUCUUAUUAGCAAGCAGAAUUCAUAUCCUGGCGUUUUUUCUCAAGUAGCUAAUGCCCUAUCCACCAAGAGCAAUUUUCAGGUUUUCUACAGUCCAAGGGCCAGUCAUUCCGAGUUUAUCAUACCCUACCAAAAAUAUUUGGGAAGUAUCAAAAGCCCUGUUUGUAUUGGAGCAAGAUUCAAAAUGAGAUUUGAGAUAGAUGAUUCCCCAGAACGAAGGUUUACUGGUGUAGUGACUGGAGUAAGUGACUCGGAUCCCUAUAGGUGGCGUAACUCCAAAUGGAGAUGCUUAUUGGUAGGAUGGGAUGAAAAUAUUGUGAGUGAUCGCCAAGAACGAGUUUCCCCGUGGGAAAUUGAGCCGUCCAUUUCUCUCCCACCCUUGGGCUUUCAGUCUUCCCCUAGACUGAAGAAAUUGCGGACAAUGUCAUCUACCUCGACUGAGAACCUCAUAACUGGAGGUGGCGGGGUUUUGGACUUUGAGGAGUCUGUAAGAUCCUCUAAGGUCUUGCAAGGUCAAGAAAAUUUAUGUCUUGUAUCACCUAUACAUGGCUGUGAUACAGGCAACAAACCAUUGGAUUUUGAGAUGCGAUCUGCUGCAAAUCAAAAUCCUGCUUCUACUGCAACAGAUAAAGCUAAUAUUGGUGAGUUCAUGAAGGUUCGUUUCAACACGUUCCCAAGCUUUGUGGAAUCUGAGAGGUUUCCAAAGGUCUUGCAAGGUCAAGAAAUAUGCCCAUUGAGACCCCUGACUGGAAAAGCUAAUUUCAGCCUGAGUGGAUGGGGGAACCCCGACUUUGGUUGCAAUUCUUUUAGAAUGUGUCAAGCAAGCAAACCUUCCUUCUUCCCAUUAGCACCAGAAAGACUUCAAAAUAUGUAUUACCCAUAUAGCGACGUAUUUAAACCAAGCCAAGAUCACAAAAUUUGCUCUUAUGCAAACAAAUUCCCAAAAGAAAAUGUCCAGCUCUAUCCACCUUCUACCGAACCUGGUGGUACUGUGGACAAAGUCAGGAAGCCAAAUCUGUUAAAUGAGGAGCCGCUGGAAAAUAUUUCUGCUUCUCCUGCUGUAGAGACACACCUGAGAAAGCAAAAGGCUGAAAAUUUCAAUGAGAGUAGGAAUGGCUUCAGUCUUUUCGGGUUUCAAUUGACUGCAGAGACGCCUUCUACAAACUCACAAAGCUCUGGUAAGAGGAGUUGCACAAAGGUCCACAAGCAGGGCAACAUGGUGGGAAGAGCUAUUGAUCUCUCAAAACUGAAUGGCUAUGAUGAUCUACGGAGUGAACUCGAACGACUAUUCUGCAUGGAAGGCCUUUUGCAAGAUCCUGUAAAAGGAUGGCGCGUCUUGUACACAGACAGUGAGAAUGACAUAAUGGUCGUUGGAGAUGACCCAUGGCGUGAGUUUUGCGAUGUGGUGUCUAAGAUCCACAUAUAUACUCAGGAAGAGGUGGAGAAGAUGACCAUUGGUAUGACCGGUGAAGAUACUCAAAGCUGUCUGGAACAGGCACCAGCGGCAAUGGAAGCGUCCAAAUCGUCAUCUGUUGGCUAGCUAGAUUCUUCUCCAACAGUAAUAAGGGUUUGAACUCUGAAGUUCUGAUUUAUUUGUAAGUAGUACGUCGAGCAUUGUGUUUCUGAACGCCAAGUGAUGGCCUUCUAUACUGUGUCUCUAUGUAUAAAUUGUUAAGUAUCGUAUGUCUGGCUUGGCUUCUAAGGUCUGCACGAUAUUUUGACUAUUUAAGUAUUGAAGUAUGAUUGUCUACCUAGUUAAUGGUUUCUUCU